AGUUUAUUAAGCCACAUGACCCUGGAGGAUAAUCCCUUGAAAGUGACCCAAACAUUCUUUUCCAGGCCAAAUGAAACCAAUCUUAUCACCAAGCGCCACAGGGUCUAUAAGAGCCACCAGGAACCAGGUCUACGGCGCAGACGGAUUCAGCAGACACACAGCAUGGCUCAGAAGACGGCCCUGAUUGUGUACGCCCACCAGAGUCUGGGCUCCUUCAACUCGGCAGUACGUGAUGUGGCGAUGGAGGAGCUGGCGGCGCAGGGCUACAAGGUGCUCGUGUCUGACCUGUACGCUAUGAACUUCAGAGCCAACGCCACACAGGACGACAUCAUCGGUGACCUGAAGAAUCCAGAGUUGUUCCAGUAUGGCGAGGAGACCAUGCACGCCUGGAUGGACGGCCGCCUCAGUGAUGACAUCAUAGCUGAGCAGCGUAAAGUGGAGGAGGCGGAGCUUGUCAUCUUCCAGUUUCCUCUGUACUGGUUCAGUGUGCCGGCCAUCAUGAAGGGCUGGAUGGACCGAGUGCUCACACAAGGCUUCGCUUUCUCCCUGGAGAAGAUGUACAACUACGGUGUGUUCAAGGAUAAGAAAGCGAUGUUGUCUUUCACCACUGGAGCGACACAGACGAUGUUCCAUCCUGACGGGAUCAAUGGAGACAUCAACAUCACACUGUGGCCUCUACAGAACGGCACUCUGCACUUCUGUGGGUUUCAGGUUCUUGCUCCUCAGAUAUUCUGGAGUCCAGCUCACUGCCCCCCCGCCGUGCGAAAAAUGAUGCUGGACGGGUGGCGAGCCCGACUUAAAGGGCUGUUGGCCGAAAAGCCUUUGACCUUUGCCCCCUGCGAGCUCUUUGACCUCAGCUUCCAGGGGGGGUUCAAGCUGUGGCCCAAAGUAAAGGAGGAGCAAGAGUCACAGCCGUACGGCAUCACCACAGGACACCACCUGGGGAAACCGCUGCCGCCUGACAACCAGAUCACAGCUCCACCUGACAACCACAUCACAGCUCUGCCCAGUGAUCAAAGCAGCGCCAGUCCGGCCUGCAGGAAAUAGAACCUCUCUGUUCUCAUUUUUAAUACCAACGUAUGGAUUUUAUAAAGGCUGUGUGUUUACUGAAGCCGAAAUAAAACAAUUUCAAUAACAA